AUGGCAACCGAGGGAGAGAAUGAACGGGCCACCGCGCCUGGGAACGCUUGGAGAGUUGAACCUGCCUCGUCUAUCCUUGCUUCGCGUUUCGUGCCGCAUCUUGCAACCCAGGGGAAUGAAUCGCACAUAACCCGGGAAACAUUUGCACAGCUUCGCCAGGAACUUCUUAAUGAAAUACAAACCCAACUACGCGUUGACGAAGAUGUCACUGAUGUCAACAAACUCAUAUGCAUUGUCUUAAAGGCCGGCCUAGAGAUUAGCCCGAACGGGGGCACAUCAGAGCAAGAUCUGGAAGGGCAAGUCCUCGACUGCUUAGAUAUCAUUCAAGCUAGCAUUGAGAAAGCUCCGCAAGCUCUGUGGGAAUCCUCUGACCCUCUUAUCUUGGGCGAGGACAUACAUGCUCCUCUAUUUGCAUGGCUAAUCCCACGACUGAUCCGACUCGCCACCACCUGGACCUCCGAAACUGUUCGAGAAAAAAUCCAACUUCUUUACGCAAGCCUAGCUUAUUCUCAGUUCAAGCAAGCCCGUUUAUUGCCUGCAAGCUAUGCCGUUGCUGCAUUUCUGCGUGCUUGCACGUCCGAUAUUUUGUGCUCUCUUGAAACAUUCCAACGUAGCAAUUCCUGGGAUACGCGCCUCAGAUGGUUGUCGAUACCCGCCGCAGAUGGAUCGCUUAUCGAGGACAUCCAAAACCUAGGUCUUUCCCCCGGAUUAUUCAAGAGCAACAUGGCCCUUGGAGGCUUUGUACAGACUGUAUCUCUGGCAUGUCGAUUGCUUGAUUCGUUCAACCCGAGGGGCGAAAUGCAAUACCAUGCAAAACAUCACGAUCUCAUCCUCCGCCAAAACUUCUCGUGGGUACUAAAUGGGUUUCAUCGCCUAAGACAUGUCAUUAUUGAGUGGCUACAAAUAAAAGGAGCGCAGGUUACCUCGGAAGAUGAAACUGUGCCUCUGCAAUAUUUGACAUAUUUGCACCGAUGCUGCUUACCAGGAUCGACUUUGGCUGGGCUGCUCCCAAGCAUGAGCCUGACUUCUACCUGGUCCCAAUGCCUGUCUGGCUUUCUGGGCCUUGAGAAUAUAGCAAAGCUGCCUUCUGUCCAGGUCACCCUUGGUCGCUUCUUGUGCGAUUUGACUGAAGCUGCAAAGUCCUCUCAGCCUCUAGUGCACCAAUUGAGGGAAACCCUGCUUCCGGUGUUGACAGAAGUCAAAGAUGGCAAUUCCAACUUCCAGUCCCUUGAGUCAUGUCUCUGGAGUCCCCUCCGGACAUUGUAUGCCCAGCUUCUAGAUACAGCACUGCCGCUGACAGUGUGCUCACCCAGAGGGUUACCAGGGGAUGUUUCUGAGGAGCCAGGUACGGCAUUCCAGAGAGCCGGGGUUUUACACCAAGCGAGGCCGAAUGAAAAUGCCCCGGUAUCGAAACGGCUGUGCCUUCCGGGUCUACCAACCGGGUCUCCCAAUCAUGGCCUAUUUCAUUUGCUUGUGGGAAAUUUAUCAGCGAUUCUUCAAUCCGACUGUGGCAAAACCAUGGCAGAUCUGCGCACCUCCAUCCAAACAUCCUAUGAGGAACUUUCCGAAUCUAAAAAAACCGAGCUACUGGAAAUCCUUGGUAAAAUUUGCUGCGCAACGGCAGAGAAGCUUUUGAGGAGGCCCUCGGAUGUCAUAAAGCGAGACACGCUCUUUUGUCAAAUAUGCGAUACGGAUCAGUAUCAGAAUAAUCGUGCGGAAAACGAGGAGCAUCCCGCAUUUGAGGAGAUAUGGUCACUAUUCAAUUUCAUUCUACCCAAGCUUACGCGCACCCCUGGCCCUCGGAUAUCUGCAAUGGUCGCGCUCAGACGAAUGCUGAUGCACGCCCCUAGCUCCAAUCAAAUGCAUAUUUCAAACUCUGCCUCCGGAGAAUUCUGUCUUCAUUCGCUCCGAAGCUCAAUCAGAGAAUUGCGUGUUGCGACUGGACAUUCAGUGGUAGCUUUCGUGCGCUCAAAUCUACCAACAGAUAUCCGGCGGGCCAAUUUCGUUGUUGUGCUCGAGUGGCUUAAAAAUCUUUCCGGAAAAGAUGACAUGCCUCUACAGGAAGCUUGUAUAAUAACACUCUGUGGACUGGCAACUGUCUCGGAAGAUGAAGAGAAAAACAUCAUUCUUCUUCGGUUGUUGGAGUACCUUGGUCAUCCAAACCCUUACGUUUGCGCCGUGGCUUACAACGAAUUAUCCAAACUUGCCCAACAAUCUUCCUUGACACCUGCUGGCCUCUUUCGGCCUUACUGGAGGACUCUUUCGGUGACUGUGGUCAAGAACCUCCAAUCUCGCCCAUAUAUGGCUGAGCAGCUAUGUGAUUUGCUUGGCAUGAAGGUUGAUGGGUUCCUACGGCUGACGGAAGUCCAUGUCUUGCCCUACCUAGUUUUGACACGGAAACGAGACAUCAUUUGCAGAAUUGGAGCUAGUCGCAACGAAGGCGAAUCGGCCUUUGAUGUUUGCUCGGAGAAGAAUAACCUGGCUGCAAUCCUCGCUUUCCUCUUAUCUCAGCAAUCAAAUAACCCGGAGGGUAUGAUCAUGUCUCUUUUAGCAGAGAUAGAUCCCGCAUUCAAGGGUCGAUCUUUGGCGGAGUUGGUGAGGAUUGAACCAAUUCUCAUUGCUUGUGACUUGCUGAAGAGCCUUGGCGAUGCGGGCGAGCAAAAGAAAGAGAGGUUCAACCAAGCUCUCCAUCGAUUAGCCACAUUUGUUCCACGCAAGAUUUCACAUGGAAAUUCGUCAAAGAAAGCGGAUCUAAGUCACUUCAUCGAGGAGCACGUUCUCGGUAUCAUCACACAAUUCGCAAAUGCCAUUAACGACUUCCAAGUUAGACAGACGUUGGCAGAGAAGAGAAGAAAUAUCAAAGCCAUAGAAGAAAUGAUCAAUAUUGCCCAGGGCCAUGUUAGCAGUGCAUUGCCUCAGGUUUGUGCAUGUCUUCGAUCCGCGCUGGAAAUUGAGGAACUGUGUGAUUAUGCAUUCUCCGCGUGGAAAACAUUGAUCAGUUCCCUUAGCGAGGAGGACCUUGAGCCAAUAAUUGAUCAGACGCUAGCGAUUGUGAUCAGAUAUUGGGGAAACCUAACCGAAGAGAGCAGGAACCGCGCAUGCCAACUUAUCGAUCAUAUCUUGACAAAUCAUUCGAGUCUUGUACGAGAUACCUUCAACACCAUGCCUUCGCUUGCAUCCAUUCCAGAGAUGGCUGCCUUUGAUGCCAAAAUCAAUGAUCUGAAAGCGCAAAUGGACGUUCGAAGCCAGUUCCUGGCGUUAAUUCGUCGCUGCCAGAGUGAAAAUGCCACCGUUGUUGAGCAAGCUCUAAUGGAGUUGGCUCCUUUUCUGUCAGCAAAUGAGGAGUUCCUCCAUGACUCUGUUUUGAGCGAACAACCAGACCCUGUGAUUGCUCAGUUGACUAGGUCGUUGUUGGACUGCUGUGUUAAAUUCAGUAAUACCUCAGACAGCAUUACUUUGUUGUCGGCUCGAUGUCUAGGGCUUGUCGGCUGUCUCGAUCCAAACCGAGUUGAAACCAUCAAAGAGAAGAAGGAUAUACUUGUCCUAUCCAACUUUGAUAGAAUGGAAGAAACAGUUGCUUUCAUUCUUUUCUUCCUCCAGCAUGUUUUGGUCGAAGCAUUCUUGUCUGCUUCCAAUACUAGGGCUCAAGGGUUUUUGGCAUGGGCCAUGCAAGGCCUGCUCAAAUUUUGCAAACUGAAUGCGGUGUUAACCCAACGCUCUCGCGAUUUACAAGGCGAUGAGAAGUAUCAGCGCUGGAUGGAGCUCCCGGAAAGUGUUCGCAACACUCUUACGCCAUUUCUUACAUCUACCUACACAGUCACUGUCGUCACCAAUCAUACCGAGGUCAACUAUCCGCUCUUUUCCCCUAAAUUGACUCACAGUGAGUGGCUUCGAACACUGGUGCAAGAUCUUCUACGAACUGGGAAUGGAGACAACGCAAAAAUGGUCUUCUCAAUAUCGAGUCGUGUUGUGAAGGGUCAAGACAUUUCUAUCUCUUCGUUCCUUUUGCCAUUCGCAGUCCUGAAUCGCAUCGUGGGAGGGACCGAACAAGAACAACAAAAUCUUCAACACGAAUUGAUGAGUGUUCUUUCACAUCCUAUUCCGGAGGCAAAUAACAAUGCUCGCGAGACAAUCAUAAGCAGUAGCCAGGUGAGAAUCCCUGUCGAAUCAAAUCGAGUUUCCCAAUGGCUGCAAGGAAAGAAAAAACAUCUCAAUGGCCUCAAUCACAGUUCCAACCAAACGAGUCGUAUCCAUAAAGAUCCAAGCCGUGAUGCGCUCAUUGAUAAAUACUCAUCACAGAUCAAAUCUGUCGAAAAUCUUUUAUCCUCAAUACCGCCAGAGAUCAUCUCCAAGCGAGCUGUUGAAUGUAAAUCAUUCUCGAAGGCGCUUUUCCACUGGGAACAGUACAUUCGAAAAUCCAAGGUUCACGGAGAGGCGCAAGAGCGAUCCAGUCUCGAACCUCUCUACCAAAGAUUACAAGACAUCUAUAGUCAGAUUGACGAACCCGAUGGAAUCGAAGGCAUUUCAAGCCACUUGUCUGCACUAGACAUUGACCAGCAGAUCUUGGAGCACCGGAAAGCUGGGAGAUGGGCCACGGCGCAGAGUUGGUAUGAGCUGCAACUGGAGAAGGAGCCUGAAAAUGUCGAUGCGCAAUGGAAUCUUGUGACCUGCCUUAAAGAAUCGGGCCAACAAGAUGCUAUCCUCACCCGUUUCGAGGUUCUUAAAGAAAAUGAGUCAGCGGCUUCACGGUUCCUCCCCUUUGCAGUUGAAGCUUCAUGGAUAAUGGGCAGAUGGGACAAGCUAGAGGGUUAUCUUGACCUUUGUGCCAAACAAGGAACUGAAGAGUUCAACGUUGGGAUAGGCUCAGCUCUUGAUGCUCUUCGCCAAAAGCAAGAUGAGGCAUUCACUGAUAAAAUCAACGAGCUCCGGCUCAAUGUUGCCCGAUCAUUAACCACAAACUCGGUGGCAUCACUACAAGCAUGCCAUGAUGACAUGCUCCGGUUACAUGCUUUGUCGGAGGUCGAAUCCAUUGCUAAAGCACAGUCAGGUCAAUCGCGUUCCGCCCUGCUGGGUACCCUAGACCGACGCUUGGAUGUUUUGGGUGGCUACCUUUCCGAUAAACAAUACCUAUUGGGAUUGAGACGAGCCACAAUGGAACUAGCGGGCGAAUUUGCGGAUUCUGAUAUAUCUGCUGCAUGGCUCACCAGUGCUCGCCUUUCCAGGAAAGGAAAUUUCAGCAGUCAAGCUUAUCACUCGAUGCUCAAUGCGGCACGUCUGAAAGACAGAUCAGCUUCUAUUGAACACGCGCGACUCCUCUGGAAAGACGGGCAUCAUCGAAAAGCCAUUCAGACUCUAGAGGGUGCAAUUUCUGCUAACGAAGUUAACCCGAGUACGUCUUCUUCGGUGGAUAUCGAAGCCAUGUCAUUUCUUUCGGGUCGUGGGCAGCAUCAAAAUGAGUCUACAGCUCUCGCCCAUCUUAUGCUAGCCAAAUGGACGGACAGGGCUGGUCAGACCCACUCUCAGGCCAUUGUUCAGAGAUACCGGGAGGCCAUCAAGCUGUAUCCAAACCUGAGUGGAGAAGCCACAAAGCUUGUCAUUGAUAACUAUCUUCGCUCGCUAACAUAUGGGACCAAAUAUGUCUUCCAGACUUUACCCAAGCUUCUGACCCUCUGGCUCGAACAUGCCUCUAUUGUUGAACAGCCUAUUGAUCCGAAAAGAGGCGAUAACGAGGAAUUCCAAAAGCAUACACAAGCGCAACGCAAGAAAAGCCUGGAUGAGAUGCAUGCACAACUAAAGAAAUUCAUCGAUAAGCGCUUACAGGCGGCUUUGCUGUUCACAAUCCUACCCCAAGUGGUUGCCAGAAUAUGUCACCCUAACAUGACAGUCUAUGAUCUGUUAACGCGGAUUGUAGCCAAGGCGGUUCACAACUUCCCACAGCAAGGUCUCUGGACAGUCCUUGCCGUUGUCAAGUCCUCCAAUAAGGAGCGGGCUAAAAGGGGAUAUAAUUGCCUGCAGAAGAUCAUAGACUACGGUAACAAGUCAAAGGGAGAAUCCUCCAUAGCAUCGGAAAUCCGUCGCAUGAUCACUCAAGGUACAAAGUUCUCAGAGGAACUACUGCAACUCUGCCUUGCUCCGGUGGAGGAAAAGUCAUCCCGAGUUCAACUUGGUCGCAAUCUAGGGUUUAAUCAUAAAGUCGCGCCAUGCCGAUUAGUGGUGCCUUUCCAGGCAAUGUUGAUCCCAAGUCUUCCUGUCAGUCAAAACAUCGAAUAUAUCAAAGGUUUUAGGGCCUUCCCUCGGGACCCAACAACUAUUGAGGCUGUUUUGGAUGAAGCACAGAUUUUGAACUCGCUUCAAAAGCCACGCAAAAUCAGCCUGCGAGGAUCUGACGGGAAGAUCUAUAACGCACUUUGCAAACCCAAGGACGAUUUGCGCAAGGAUCAACGUCUCAUGGAAUUUAACAACAUGAUCAACCGGUUCCUAAAGAGAGACGUGGAAUCAAGCAAGCGGCGCAUGUACAUCAAAACAUACGCUGUGACACCUCUAAAUGAGGAAUGUGGCCUUAUUGAAUGGGUUGAUAACCUCCGCACACUGAGAGAGAUUGUCAUCAAGUUGCUGCGCGAAAGAGGCAUUUCACCAAACUACAACGAGAUCAGACAUAAUUUGAACGAGAUCUGCGCUGAUAGGUCAUUCGCAAAGUUACCCUUAUUCACCACUAACAUCCUGGCCAAGCUCCCACCGGUUCUUCACGAAUGGUUCAUCGAGAUGUUUCCUGAAACAGAGGCAUGGUUUACAGCGAGACUAAGGUAUACACGGUCCUCUGCUGUAAUGUCAAUGGUGGGAUAUGUUCUUGGUCUGGGCGAUCGACAUGGCGAAAACCUCUCAUUCGAAGAAGGAACAGGCGGCCUCCUACAUGUCGAUUUCAAUUGCCUCUUUGACAAGGGUCAAACGUUUGAAAAGCCCGAGGUGGUACCAUUCCGAUUGACUCAUAACAUGAUCGAUGCUUUCGGCGCUUACGGGUACAAUGGACCCUUCAGAAGGACUUGUGAGAUCACGCUUAGCCUGCUGCGACAAAAUGAAGACGCCUUGAUGACUGUACUUGAGACAUUUUUGCAUGAUCCAACUACCGAUUUCAUUGGGAAGAGACGUCGCACCCAUGUGAAUGUCCCAGACACACCGGCUGGUGUUUUGGAAGAUGUUCGAAACAAACUCCGUGGCUUCAUGUCUAAGCAGCCCAUUGCACUUUCAGUGGAUGGCCAGGUCGAUGAAUUGAUCAUACAAGCAACGGAUAAGAAGAAACUGGCGUCAAUGUACAUCGGAUGGUGUUCUUUCUUCUGA